GAAUUAGUUCGAUUUACGAUUUUAUUUUUAAUCAGUUCAUAUACGAUAUCCCAACUCUCCUUCCCCAAUUGUCUCCUUCUCUCUCCUUCCCUAAAUCUUGACCGUUGGAUCAAUCACCUAGCAGAAAACACAGACCAGGUGUUUUCAUCAUUCACCCGCCGUCGUAUUUUCGCUCCGUUGCGCAACCGCCUCAUCACCUCCGUAUCAACUUGUGAUCACUGUUUGAUAGCGUAUUUGAUUUCAAAUUGAAAAACCCUAGAAAAGCCAAAGAGUCUCUUCGGUCUUCACAUACCUUAAUAAUAACAAUGUACUCGUGUAGUAUGAUUCCUCAGCAGCACCUUUCUCUCCAUUUUCACUUCUCAACUACUUCCCCAAACUCAAAGAUUUUUGCUGCUUCUCGCAACAAUUUCAAGAUUCGCUCUGUAUCCGCUACGAAUAAUCAGGCUUCAACUUACAUUCCUGCUGCUCCCAUUUUCCUCCCCGAAGGACCUUGGAAGCAGAUUCCAGGUGGAGUUACUGCUGCAGAGGGUUUCAAAGCUGCGGGAAUAUAUGGAGGGUUGCGCGCUGUAGGUGAAAAGCCUGACCUCGCACUUGUUACAUGUGAUGUUGAUGCCAUAUCUGCUGGUUCAUUCACAACUAAUGUGGUUGCUGCUGCUCCUGUCAUAUACUGCAAAACUACACUAGACAUUUCAAACACCGCACGUGCUGUAUUAAUUAAUGCAGGUCAAGCAAAUGCAGCUACGGGUGAAGCAGGUUACCAUGAUAUGAUAGAAUGUGUGGAAACCCUUGCAAAGCUACUGGGAGUGAAGGCAGAAGAAAUAUUAGUUGAAUCUACCGGUGUAAUUGGUCAAAGGAUAAAGAAGGGGGCACUACUAAACUCACUUCCUUUAUUAGUGAAUUCAAUAUCUUCUUCAGAUGAGGGGGCAGAUUCUGCAGCAGUGGCAAUCACCACAACAGAUCUUGUUAGCAAGAGUGUGGCAAUCGAGUCUUUGGUUGGAAGAACAAAGGUCAGAGUUGGGGGAAUGGCAAAAGGUUCUGGAAUGAUCCACCCAAAUAUGGCUACCAUGCUUGGGGUGAUAACAACAGAUGCCGGGGUAACCAGUGACGUUUGGAGAAAGAUGGUUCGGGUUGCUGUUAAUCGAAGCUUCAACCAGAUAACUGUAGAUGGAGAUACAAGUACUAAUGAUACUGUUAUUGCUUUGGCUAGUGGGUUGUCUGGGCUAAGCAGCAUUUCGUCUCUAGACAGUGAUGAGGCAAUUCAGCUUCAGGCAUGCCUAGACGCGGUAAUGCAAGGUCUUGCCAAAUCUAUAGCUUGGGAUGGAGAGGGGGCAACAUGCCUCAUUGAGGUCAGUGUGACUGGUGCAAAUAGUGAGGCUGAAGCUGCAAAAGUUGCUCGUUCAGUUGCAUCAUCUUCGCUUGUAAAGGCGGCUGUAUAUGGUAGAGACCCCAAUUGGGGACGAAUUGCCGCCGCAGCUGGUUACUCAGGGGUUUCUUUCAACCAAAAUUUACUUAGGGUGGAACUGGGCGAUACUUUACUAAUGGAUGGUGGGGAACCACAAUCGUUUGACCGGGGAGCGGCUAGUAGUUAUCUGAGAAAGGCCGGGGAGACUCACGGUACAGUUAGAAUUCAGAUAUCGAUUGGCGAUGGACCAGGACAUGGACAAGCAUGGGGCUGUGAUUUAAGCUACGAUUAUGUCAAAAUAAAUGCUGAGUACACAACAUAACCAGAUGAAGACUAUGUUUGGUUUCGGAUCAGGUUUAUGUGGAGUCAGAGGAAGCAUGCAGUCAAGCUGUCAAUGAUCUGUGACCAUUUGAUUGAGAUCGGACGGUCUAGAAUUUAAUCGCAGAAUUUUAUAUAUAUUAAAUAAAAAUAAAAAACCGUAUGAAGAUCUAUUUGAACUGUCCUAUCUUGAUCGAACAGUACCACUACCAAGAAUUUAACUGCAACAAUCUUGACUAA